ACCAACAAUUUUAUGACUACAAGGGCUAGGGGAGCGCAACUUGCAUCAACACAGCAGGUUUCUAGGUAUCCUUUCACAAGGAGAGCCAGAGCGAACCAGCUCUCUGCAUCACAGCAAGGGUCCAGUGACACCAUGACCAGACCGAACCAGCUCUCUACAUCACAGCAAGGGUCCAGUGACACCAUGACCAGACCGAACCAGCUCUCUACAUCACAGCAAGGGUCCAGUGACACCAUGACCAGACCGAACCAGCUCUCUACAUCACAGCAAGGGUCCAGUGACACCAUGACCACACCGAACCAGCACGUGGAAAAUGUUGCCACUGUUAACCAGAUUCAAUCAGCCAGCAAUGAUGACUAUGCAACCUACCUUUCGAUCAUGGGUUCCAUCUCAGAUUUGUCUUCUGAUGACGAGGAAUUAAGCCAAGCUAUCAUGGCCAGUCUCGAGAGUCAUGUGACAUCUGAAUGCACUAACACUAAAUCAGCGCAGGAUGUACUCCUCAGUCUUGCAUCCCAAAUUGUCAGUAACCAAAAAUGCAGAUUCAACAUCAAUAGGUCCUCAGUACUGGAUGGUGCCAUGCGUGGCUUCAAACGACUGUCCUACAAUCCCUCGUACCAGAUGUGCAUCAAGUUUUCAGAUGACUUGGGAAUAGAUGAAGAGGCUGUGGACCUUGGUGGUCCUAGGAGGGAAUCUUUACGAUUGCUUAUGGAAGCCUUGAUACAGUCACCGAUGUUUGAAGGAAAGGAUGGCAAAAUGAAUUUGGGUCUGGACAGUUCUGCUUUAAGAGAAGAUCGCUAUUUCAUUGCUGGCCGAGCCAUUGCUGUAAGUCUUGUUCAUGGUGGUCCUCCUCCAGGAUUCUUGGCACCAACACUGUAUGCUUGCCUAGUUGGUGAAAAGUCCUCAAUAAAGCCUGUCUUGGAAGACAUUGCUGAUGCUGACCUGUAUGAGAAGGUUAAAAAGGUGUCAGAAUGUACAUCUUUGGAUGACCUGUUACACGCCACAGAACCACUGCAAGAUUACCUGGCAAAUGCUGGGUGCCUCAGGCCAUUAAAAUGCAUUGAAGACAGAGACCUACUUGUUCAAGACAUCCUCAUGUUUCAGGUGGUCCACAGAGUCUGCGGGGCACUUGAAAGGUCUGUGUCACACUAUUGUUUAUAA